GUGAUCUGAGUGACGCAGUAAAGUUUGAUAUCAACAAAGCUAUAUCUGUGCAGUUUCAUCAUUGUUACACCACGAACCCAAACAGGUCUAGCAGCUGUGAUAGAGACUCAGCAGACUGUGAUGGCAGCAGUGGGAGAAGAGGCUCUUUUAAACUGUCAGCUGAUGCAACCUAAAGAUGUUCUUCAAGUCACAUGGCAGAAAAUUUUACCUGAAAAGGAGAAGAAUAUCGCUACUUACACCGAAUACUUUGGUGAGAAAGUGAAUCCUGACUUUAGAGAUAAAGUGGAGUUUAAAUAUGCUGGACUGCAGAACAGCUCCAUAGUUAUCAAGAGGGUGAUGGAGGAAGAUGAAGGAUGCUAUCACUGUUUGUUUAACACCUACCCUGACGGAGCUCUCACUGGUUCAACCUGCCUCCAACUCUAUGGUGUUGAUGAGGAAUCUGGGUCUGUUAACAGUGAUCUCAAUGUCACUUUGAUCACUGUGUUGGUCGUGGUGUCCUGU